AUGUACUGCAAAUUAAUUUUCGCCUCAUGGCUUGUCAGCCUAUUGGUUUUCUGUUCGAGAUCAGGAUCCGCUCAAUUUUUGGAGAACUUCUGUAGACAAAGCAGGGAAGGACUGGAGGCAGAUGCAGUGGGUCCCUGGACGGCCGUCUUGCAUUAUUCUGGACGAAUCGUUUGUCUAGGAACCCUGAUCCACGAACGGUUUAUUCUGACCGCUGCCCAUUGCGAAGAUUCUGGUGGAUUCUUAAAAGUUCGCUUGGGGGAAUACGGAAGAGUAAGUUCUGAGGUGGCAGAAGACUAUACGGUCUCUGCGUUUAUUAAGAACCGCAAUUUUAAUCCGGAAUCGCAAGCCAAUAGCAUCGGCCUAGUAAAACUGAUCCGGUCUGUAGAGUACAAAGAACACAUAAGGCCCGCGUGCAUUCUCUUGGAUCCGCGAAUGCAGACUUUGGCUGAUGACUUAAAUUACUUCACUGGAACAGCAUGGAUGUACUGGGAUAGGAAGCUUAGCUCCAAGACUGUGGACUAGAUGCCCCAGGCUUGCGGAAGUCUUGACAAAAGCCAAUUUUGUGCCGGUAAAAAGGAUAUUGAGUCCUGCGAAGAACCCUCCGGUUCUGCACUAACCCAUCAAAUAAACUACAUUUACAUUUACAUUUAUGUAUAA